AUGGACCAGAGGGGCGCUCCUGGGUUCCCUCUAGACACAUCAUGGACCCUGGUCUCAUACGGGACUUCCACACCGCUCACCCUGAUCGACCUGAGCCGGCAGGAGCUGGCCGUCAGAGGGGGGAAAUACUCUGAUGACUCUGCAGUUGUAGGGUGUGUGAAGGAUGGGGAGGAUACUGAGUAUAGAGAACUGGUGAACAGCUUUGUGGCAUGGUGUGGAAACAACCACCUACUCUUAAAUGUGGCCAAGACCAAAGAGAUGCAACAAAAUUGGAAAAAUACCGUGUACACAAAAUACAGCGAGUUCAUCUUCCUUAAGGCUGAGGUCGAGCUGAGUCAGAGCAUCAACAAGCCCAAACAACUUGCUUGGGUGAUGACGAGGCCGAUUGGUAUAAUCGAAACAGUCGGCUGUUCAUGCAUUGCAGGGCUAGGAAAAUCUUGUAGCCAUGCAGCAGCUGUCAUUUGGAAGGUCCAGAAUGCAGUGGUUAGUGGAAAGACAGGGCUUGCAUGUACUGACACACAGCGGAGAUGGAAUGAAGGAACAUCCAAGAACCUUCAGCCCAAGCGUCUGAGCCAGAUACAUUUUAGGCACCACAAGGCAGAGGAUGAGUAUGAGGAAGAGACUAGGGCAGUUGGCAAUCAGCUCCCAAACACACCACAGUAUCAGUCCCACAAAGACUUUAGAGAGAGUGUGGACAAAUCUCUAACAAAACCUCUAUUUCUUCUCAAGAAUACACUACUGGAAAAGUGUUACAAUGCCACUCCAUCAGCAGAACAGCAGGGGAGAUCAAAAGAACAGGGAACCAUCAAUGAUUUAACAUUUUUGUCACAUCAAAAUCAUGACAGUGAUCUAAGUUGUGUGAAAUACCAAAAAUUCUACCAGGCUUAUGUUAAUAUGGAUGGCAAACAAGCUGAUACACUAGAACUUGAGAUGAGGGGGCAGAGUGCAUCUGAUCUGUGGCACAGUUCUAGGAAACUUAGAAUCACAGCCAGUUCAGCAAAGAAGGUGCCUGUACGUGCAGGCACAAAUAGUGAACGUUUUUGUGUGAGCACUUUUACCCCAGCUUUCGUGGUAACUAUGCCACUAAUUAUAGGAAAGAAAAAGAAGAAACAGCUUGCAGCCAAUUAAAAGAACAGGGAAUGAACAUUACACACACAGGCACAGUUGUAUGUGGGGCAGAGCCAUGGUUAUCAGCAAGUCCGGAUGGAAUCAUCAACUCCUGUGAGUUCUUAGAGAUUAAAUGCCCCGUCCCAAAUAAAAAUCACCAGACACUCAGUGAACUGUUAUCUCAGAGAUUCAGUGAUUUUAAGGUAGUGGAUGGAAAACUUGAGGUUCAGAAAACUGGUAGCCUGGGCUAUUACAUGCAAGUCCAACUAGGAA